UCAAAUAUCCGGCCGAUUACAGUUUUCGAAAAGCGAUUCGUGCAUUUUUCGCCGAUUUCGAAACAUUAGUUCGUGUAUUUCUUUGCAAAGGGGCCGGUCUUUUAAACUUCGUCUGUCCAUAGACUGCCAUUGUUCUCCGAUCCUCCGAGCACCAGAACGAAAUAACAAAUUAUCAAAAUGUUCGUGUCGACUGCAUCUCGUCUAGCCCCAGUUGCCAGAAACAUCAUGGUUAACGGAACAAAGGCUUACCUUCGGCCAUUGAGCAGUGCUGUUAUCAGCCAAAGCCAGACAUUAGCCGCCCAAUCAACAACCCCAGUGGCUCUACUCCCACAAGUCAGGUCUUUCCAGACCUCACCAGUCACACGGGACAUUGAUUCCGCCGCCAAAUUCAUUGGUGCUGGAGCUGCCACAGUCGGAGUAGCUGGAUCCGGUGCUGGUAUCGGAUCGGUAUUCGGUUCCCUCAUCAUUGGCUACGCCAGAAAUCCAUCACUCAAACAGCAAUUGUUCUCAUACGCCAUUUUGGGUUUCGCUUUGUCCGAAGCUAUGGGUCUUUUCUGUCUUAUGAUGGCGUUCUUGUUGCUGUUCGCCUUCUAAGCAGUUCAAAAACACCAAAUCUACUCAUCCCAACAACUUGCGCUUAACGAACAUCCAGCAAAACAAAUUUUUUUUUUUCAACAUCCACCCAGAGAACAAUUUCUUUUCGGGACAAAUCUGGAAAACAUCUUACGAAAUUUCUAUUUCUAUUUUUUUGUUUUCUUUUUCCAACUUUUUUUUCUUGUUAAAUUGAACCGUAACUUUUAUAUUUUGUAUAUUUGUUAGAAUAUAAAGUGAUAAGUGAUUUUAACAAAUUUCAAAUUGAGAAAGAGAAUCGUUAAGUCAAAAAAAUGCUGUUCGAAAAGAGAUAAAGAGAAUUGAAAAUAGAAAAUUUUUUUCUUUGAUUUUUCCAAUUGUCUUUUUUAUAUUUUUUGUUAAAAAACGGAAAUUUUUUUAAUUUAUUUCAAAAAAAAAAACAAAGAGAAAACGGUGCGAGUAGAUCAACUCAAAUUUAAUUAAAAUAAAAAAGAAGUUGUACAUCAUUCAUAGGCGAAUUAAAAAAACGAAAACAGCGUUAAAAAAUCUACCAAAACUUUCGCAAAGUAUUCCACAUCUUACACAAAAACUACAAAAUUUGUUAUCAAAAAAAAAGAAGGAAAAGAGAAAAAAUUUACGUUUUGCGAGCUCGACUUAAAGUUGCUAAAAGAUAUUCAAUCGAUGUGAAUUUAGAAUAACAGUCCAUCUACACAUAAGCCAGUGAUUUCACAUAAUAACAUCCGUAUCGUUUGGUAACUUUGUAUCGAUUUCGUAAAGUGUAAAUUCAAUGAAGAUACAAAUAUUAAGUAAAAAAAAAAAAAAAAAACUUUAAAUAUAAUUAAGUAAAUUAAGGGGCAAAAACAAUUAAUGAUAAAUAUCUCAACAUCGUGUGUUUGACAUCUUUAUGUAAACUUGGGCAAAACUUACAUGAACAUGUUACUGUAUGCAUUAGAGCAAAGAAAUAUAAGAAAAGAAAAAAAAAUUGAAA